CUAACACGGAAUUCCUCCAGAAGCUGAUCGUCACACCUACCUCCAUGAACGGGUGCGAUAUCUUCGCGUAGGGGCCCCUCUCACGCAUGUUGAUUUCGUCUCUGCAUGGAAACAUAUCAAGCAACAAGGUCAAAAUUCGUGUCUCGGCUGUCUCAGCUCCAGCUUUCUCCAGUGCUCGGCGUAUGAGGGAAUGAGGCAAGAAACCAAAGCAGCUGAGACGGGUGAUUGACAACCACGGAUCAUGGCGGCUGCAACGCAGGACGGCAGCCGUGACAUGUGUCUGACCGGUCCCACGGGUAACGUGCUCGCUUCGUCCUCCUCGGCUGCCCCAGAGGAGAUCCUGCCUACCCCAGCAGACGGAGGCAUCUACUCCGACGACUGCAACCGAGCAUUCCCCUCCAAGCUUCACUGGGAUAACACUUUCACAGUGAAAGAAGAGCCGAUCGAGUUCCCACCUCCCUGGUCUGUCGAGGACCGUGGUCUUGGAGCCCCCGACUGCAUGUCCUCGUUGCAAGGGCAGGCGGAGGGACGCUGUCGGAACUGCUUUCUGCACGAGACCCAUGUUCCCGGGCCGUGCCCUUCUGCAAUGCCGGAGGAGAUACUGCCCACUCCGACUGGUAGAAGCGUCUGCUCGGAGGACCAAGGCACCCUGUCCACCUCCCAGAUGCGCCUGGAAGGACACUGGAACGUUGAUGUUGUGGUGAAAGAAGAACCGGAAGAGGCGUAUGCCCCCUCCACCUGUGAGGGCUCAUGCUCCGAAGCUGCUGACACACCGUUUUCUUAUCAUGACCAAUUGGAUGGAGGCCUGGCAGACAAUGUUGUGGUGAAGGAAGAAAUGGAGGAGACACUACCUGCUUCCACGGGUGAAGGCUUCUGCCCCGAGGACAACAAUGAAAUGUCCCUUUCCUUGCUGGACCUGGAGGGACAUUGCAGCGGCACUCGUGCAGUGAAGAAAGAGCCGGAGGAGAGGCUGUCUUCCCCAGCAAGGGACAGCUCCGGUUCCGAGGACCAUAGCGAUGCUUCCCCAUUCAAACGGUGCCCCAAGAAACGCCGCAGCAACGGUCGUGCAGCAAAGAAAGAGCUGGAGGAGAGGCUGUCUUCCCCAGCAAGGGACAGCUCCGGUUCCGAGGACCAUAGCGAUGCUUCCCCAUUCAAACGGCGCCCCAAGAAACGCCGCAGCAACGGUCGUGCAGCAAAGAAAGGACCCCGUCGUGCACGCCGGGUGAGGGGAAGCUACACGAUCCUGAAGAAGGUGAACGUCGUGGAGUGGCACCGCCAAAACGGAAACAAUGUGAGCAAGACUGCACGCCAGUUCGACAUCGACAGGAAACGCAUAAGGGACUGGAACGCAAACUACCAGUCGCUCCUGCAGCAGUGCCAAGGAGAGAACAGGGUUAAAAGGUCGAUGGGCAAGGGACGCCCCGUGUUCAGUAAAGAGAUAGACAAUGCGUUGGUGAGCUUCCUGGAGGAUGAGAGAUUGGCGGGGAGACCCGUCAGCAACCGCCUGCUUCAAGCUCAUGCGCGACAGCUGGCGGCAAAGAUGGGUCUAGGAGGCUUUCAAGCAUCGCACCAGUACCUGACUCGUUGGAAGAGGCGCUUCAACGUGUCGUUGCGGGCGAGGACAAACGAGAACCGGAAGCGGCCCACCAACUGACACCGAAGCGACUGCGACGUUCAGUGAGGCCGUCGGUGCUCUUCGCUCGGAAAAUGUUCAUCUACAUUACAGCGUGGAAUGCGUGGACCCAAUCGUGGUGUGCGUAGAUCGUCCAGCCGCAACAUUGGAUGAUGCUGCCUGAGAGUCCAGCGUUCAGGUUGUCGACGUUGGCUGUGCUCUGCGACGAGUGACGAUGGCUCUGUUGCAACGGAAGCAGCGAUUUCAUCAUCUGCAAAGGUCCGGUAAAACGGAUUCACCCGAGAGUGCUGUUUGCACUAAGGAUUUCAGCUCGCCAGGCAAUACAGUCUGAAGAGAUGCUUCUCCAACAGCCCUCCUACCCAGAAGCUUCUUGGUGAGAGUCUUGUGUGCUCGGCAAAGCAUUCAGAGUAAUAAGGGUCCCCAUGUACGUAAACACUGUGCAUUACUUUCAUUCCUCUCUCUGGUAUGUAGUGUUUGUUUCUGAGUUUUCGCAAUCAACAGUUCAUAAAGCUGCUAACUUUGUUGCAACAGCAGGAGAGAAUUGGAUCUUGGGGUUGAAUCGCUGGA